UCUGGGUUCCGCGGUCCGGAGCGGGCUGCCGGGCGCUUGAGCCCUGGCCCGACCCAGUGCGACGGGCAGGACUCCGCUGCCACCAUCGCACGGGUCCACAGUUGCGGGCUUGUUCCCAGCCUUUCUGAGUCCCUCUGUCCCGCCUUAGCACAAGGUGGCUCUAGCCCGGACCUGAGUGCAGCGGAGUCCGGCUCCCCGAGCACCGAACCUUCCUUCUCCUGCAGCAGACUGCCUGGGACUUGGAAUCGGGGUCCCACGCCUGGUGAGGGGUUCCAGGCAGGCAGGACAGUCGUACUGAGCCACUGAGCUAGUGCUGUGAGCCCAAGUGGUCGCCUUCCUCCCGCCCCCACAAGCGACUCGGCGCUUGUCCGGAAAAGAGCACAAGGGCCCCUUCUGCCCGGCGGGCCGGUGAAAGCCGAGGCUGCAGCUCUUCAGUAAAGCUACAUCACUGCCUCUGAGUACAGGACACCCUAAGGAGCCCAGCACACAGCCGCUGGUACCUUCUUCCAGGAAUGAGGGGGCAGAUGCAGUGGCUGAUGGGACCAUAGAAACUAAUCUUGGAGGUGCAGAGUGAGAUCAUUCCACCCCGUCUGGAAAGCUGAGAACACAGGAAUAUAUACACAGACAUUCAAAGGACCAGCUGGGGGCCUCCAUGGGUGCUUGAGAGCCAGGCGACAGGGCUGCAGGGACGAGCAUGGUGAGACACCAGCCCCUGCAGUACUAUGAGCCACAGCUGUGCCUCUCCUGCCUCACAGGCAUCUACGGCUGCCGCUGGAAGCGCUACCAGCGCUCUCAUGAUGAUACCACACCGUGGGAGCGCCUUUGGUUCCUGCUGCUCACCUUUACCUUUGGCCUCACGCUCACCUGGCUCUACUUCUGGUGGGAAGUCCAUAAUGACUAUGAUGAAUUCAACUGGUACCUCUACAACCGCAUGGGCUACUGGAGCGACUGGUCUGUGCCCAUCCUUGUGACCACAGCCACCGCCUUUACAUAUAUUGCAGGCCUCCUGGUGCUGGCACUAUGUCACAUCGUCGUGGGGCAACAGAUGAACCUGUACUGGCUGCACAAGAUUGGGCUGGUGGUCAUCCUGGCCUCCACAGUGGUGGCCAUGUCAUCAGUGGCCCAGCUGUGGGAGGACGAGUGGGAAGUGCUGCUGAUCUCCCUGCAGGGCACACUGCCAUUCCUGCACUUGGGAGCCCUGGCUGCUGUCACAAUGCUCUCCUGGAUCGUGGCAGGACAGUUCGCCCGUGCAGAGCGGUCCUCUUCGCAGGUGACCAUUCUCUGCACCUUCUUCACUGUGGUUUUUGCCCUCUACCUGGCCCCUCUCACCAUCUCCUCUCCCUGCAUCAUGGAGAAAAAGGACCUGGGCCCCAAGCCUGCCCUCAUCGGCCAUCGUGGGGCCCCUAUGCUGGCUCCAGAGCACACACUGAUGUCCUUCCGGAAGGCCCUAGAGCAGAAGCUGUAUGGGAUCCAGGCUGAUGUCACCAUAAGCCUGGACGGUGUGCCUUUCCUCAUGCAUGAUGCCACUCUGCGGCGAACCACCAACGUGGAGCAGGUGUUCCCGGAGCUCGCCCGCAGGCCCGCCUCCAUGCUCAACUGGACUGUCCUGCAGAGGCUCAAUGCUGGCCAGUGGUUCCUGAAGACAGAUCCCUUCUGGACGGCCAGCUCCCUGUCACCCUCUGACCACAGGGAGGCCCAGAACCAAUCCAUCUGUAGCCUGGAGGAGCUGCUAGAGUUGGCCAAGGGCAACGCCACGCUGCUACUCAACCUGCGUGAACCACCCCGAGACCAUCCUUUCCGCAGCAGCUUCAUUAAUGUCACACUGGGGACCCUGCUGCGCUCCGGCUUCCCGCAGCACCAGGUCAUGUGGCUGCCUAACAGACAGAGGCCCUUUGUGCGAAAGGUGGCUCCUGGCUUCCAGCAGACGUCAGGCUCCAAGGAGGCAGUGGCCAGCCUGCAAAGAGGCCACAUCCAGUGGCUGAACCUGCGCUACACUCAGGUGUCUGCCCAGGAGCUCAGGGACUAUGCAUCCUGGAAUCUGAGUGUGAACCUCUACACUGUCAACGCGCCAUGGCUCUUUUCCUUGCUGUGGUGCACUGGGGUCCCAUCUGUCACCUCCGACAACACCCACACCCUGUCCCAGGUGCCUUCCCCACUCUGGAUCAUGCCCCCGGAUGAGUACUGUCUCAUGUGGGUCACCGCCGACUUGAUCUCCUUCACCCUCAUCAUUGGCAUCUUCGUGUUCCAGAACUAUCACUUGAUCAGGUGGCGCCUGGGAGGCAUACGGAGCUAUAAUCCUGAGCAGAUCAUGCUGAGCGCUGCAGUGCACCGGACCAGCCGGGACGUCAGCAUCAUGAAGGAGAAGCUCAUCUUCUCAGAGAUAAGCGAUGGUGUGGAGGUCUCGGAUGAGCUCUCCAUGUGUUCAGACAGCAGUUACGACACAUACGCCAACAGCACUGCCACCCCUUUGGGCCCCCGAGGGGGUGGCAGCCACGCCAAGACUCUUGCGGACCGGGGUGGGCAUUAGCUGAAGACUCUCUGUCCCCAGCCUGUACCUAAUGUAGAAACAUGGGGCGCUCAGGAGGCUGGCAGAAGAGUGUCUACACUUGGAGUGCUCUGGGAGCUGGCUCCAUGGGCUCCAGGCCGUUGGAGGGGAUUGCCUCUCCCCUGACCAGGACUCCAGCCUCCCAGAUGCCCCUGCAGGCCUGGGCCUCCUUCUGGGAAGUACAGAGCCUGGUCCCCAACGUCUAUUCUCAUGGCCCUCCUGCAUAGCCCAGCGUGGAAACUCUGAUGGGUCACUGGGUCGUGUCAUGUCCCCUGGGGCAGUAGAUGUGGAUGCUCACCCUUGCCCACGUGUGUCUGCCCACCUGUCCGUGCCAUGAGGCAAACUUCUCUGUUUUUAUCCUGCCUUGAGGACCUGGGCUGGGCCUUUCCCCCAGCUCCUGGCAGCUCUGUUCCCACAUCAGUCUCAAAGCACAAGGAGGUUCAGCCCAGGAGGAAAGCAAGAGGUCAUGACAUGUUCUCCUCCCCGACCAGCCUCUCACAACCGUUGACCCCUGCCCCAGCAGAGGACUUCAGCCAUGUCCCCUAAGAGCAACUGAAGAAGGCCAGAAGUGCAGGCUCAGGCUGCUCUGUCCCACACACAAAUGUCCAGCAGGCCUCUGGGCAGAAGUAGUCCUGGGACCCAGGAGACCUCAGGUUCCCACAUUAGCAGCCACAGGGCAGGGGCCACCUGGGAAACGUCUCAGCAUAGUCAAGCAUGGGCACGUGGCUGAGCUGGUUUGCAGUGGAGGGAGCCUAGGGCCUCAGCCAGGAUGAUUAAAGCUGCCAUCUUGAUGUGUGUUGUCUGCAUUGUCAGCAGGAGGGUGGGGGCAGAGUGUGUUGGGUUUGAGGUUAGGUGUGACCCCAUGAUUGGAGAAGGAACCACUCUUGGAAAGGAAUGGGAAAAUAGUAGGAUGGUGGAGCCCCUACUCUGUGUCAGCCAGGAUGCCAGAGGUUCUCUAACAGCCUGGGGUGGACAGGACACUUGGAGUGGUAAAGUAACAUCCCAGGGCCACACUGCAUUGAAGGGGUAAAGCCAGGAUCCUACCUAGAUUCUGACCCCAGCCCCUGAAUAUCUUCCAUACCUAGCAGACAGGGAGGGUUCUUGCAUCUGAUGCAGGACUGAGGAAUGGUAACAGCAGGUUCUCACAGUCACAGAGGUCCCCUGUGUAUGGAUAGACAAGCCCACAACCCAGAGAUGCCUCUUUCCUAGGGGAGAGGGGUUUACUCUGUCCUAAGAGUAUAUGUCUUUGGUAUGUCCUAAAGGAAAAGCAGGAGGCUGAACCCCUGUUCUAGCCUGCACUUAGUAUACCAUGGUCACUGGUAGCCAAGGGUCUUGUCUCUUGUCCAAACCAGGGUUUUCUUGAUGGAAUUCUUGGAGUCUGAGAGAUUGUGGCACCUUCUUGGGAGAAAGGAAAAGACCCUCUUCCAAAUGCUGGCUGCUCCAGAGCCAGCCCCCCCCCCAUUAACCUCUAGGACAGCCCCUUGGGGCUGAGGGCAUUCAUAUAUUCACUUGCCACUGAACAUCUCACAAGCACUUCCCUUCCUGGGGUAGAAGUCAACUCCCACCUGUCCUGGACACAGGCAUGAGUGAAACCCAGAACUACUUGGGCAGGAGCAGGCACUGCCCUUUCUGAAAUUCCCCCAGUGAACUCCUUUCUAGCUUCUGGCAGCCCAACCAAGAAAGAGGACAGAUCUCUCAUGCCACUCACUCCUGGUCUCACAGGCCAGGGUAUCCAAGGCUCCUGGCCAUAUUUGGCAAGCCUGUCCCCAUCCUCAAAGGAUCUCCACCCCAGCUCAUCGCCUAUGACCUGAGGGAUUACUAAAAACCCCACCUUCCUGCUGCCCUCCUGAGACUCCCCUGUCAGCAGAGGACAGUGCACUGCUUCUUUACAGGGAAACAUCCUGGUAAACCACUCCUCUCCUCGUCCCUCAGAGGGUGAACUUUCUCCUGGCUAUGCCCACCUUCCACCUCUUCCAGGUCCCUCCUGCCGGUGAAGAGAUGUGAAGAUGCCCAAACCUCACAUCCUUUAACAAACCAGACACAAAACUCUUUUGGUGUAUAAAAGUGUUCUCCAUUUCCUGUAGCUGGGCUCAUGGGGCAGGCUGGCCAGGUCUCAGGACACAUGAGGGGCCAAGAUCACAGUAAGCCCUCCCAUCAGCUCCUUCCACAAAGUUGCCUGAGCUAGGCCAGGGCAGACUCCUACCACACCUGGCCUCCAUGAAGGUGAUACCAUAUGGCAUGUGGCUUGCACCCACCCUGUUCUGAACAUCUUAGUGACCCAAAGUGAUAGGCACAACCAGGGUCUCCAUUAGCCUCCUAAGAUGAUGAGAUGAACCAGGCUCUUGUCAAGGCAAGCUCCUCCCCAAAGCACUGCUUCCUUUCAAAAGGACAAAUCCCUCAUUCACCACGGAUACCAGAUUCUGUGGCUGUUUGUGGUGACAGCAAAUGAUCCAGCACCAGCCCAUGACAUCCCCUUCUUCUGGCUCCAUGAGGCCAGGCUAGCCCAGAGCUGCCUCAUUCCUCCACGCAAAUCACUCCACCCACACCCUGUCCCACUAUGACACCCAAGGGAUACUCACCCCUCCGUGCACAACACACCUCAGACACAGGACCACACAGCAUGCACACAGACACCUGUCAUACACAUGUGUGGGUACAUCCCAUGGAUAUACACACUCCUGUGACACACAUGGAGACAUGAAACCCUGGCACAAAAACGAGCAAUCACCUACAGACACAAUGGGACAGAGUCACACAAAGUCUCAGAACAAUACCUCUGCAGUUAAGCAGGAACGCAGCAUAGUCACACAGGUGCAGAAGGAGAGAAAACUCAAUCCAUUCUGUGGCAGUCACUUUUUGGGUCAUAUCUGUAGCUACAUGGCCAUACAACCACAUGUCCACACCACCCCAGAGCUACACAGUCAUUAUGUCCUAUACACUCCCACAUUCACAAGUAGGUAUCCUGGACACUUAGGUUAACAACUACCCCAACCACCUAAGACAAACACAGCCCCUACACACCUGCUUCAUUCAGGAACGAGGCUAGCACCAGGUCGUCCCCAAUCCCAAGCACACCAGAUUGCAGAGUUGCACACACAGCCAAUCUCAUGCUUAUUACUUCCCCCUCCCUCCUGGGACUGGUCCAAGGGUAGAACAAAAGCCCGUCGUCCACCCCUCCUCCUCCCCUUUCCUCCUCUCCCCCUCCCCUUUCCUCCUCUCUCCCUGGCGUCCAGCCCCUUUGUCCUCCCUCAAUUGAGUCCUAGCGGGAGUCUGGGCAGAGUGGCAGGGACAUUGUUAGCGCCGGGCUGGCCGGCAUAGACAGCAGGCACAAACCAGAGAAGAGUAGUCCCUGUGCAAGCGGCGGGCGCCAGAGCCCCUGAGAGGGGGCGUGGCCAGGUAAGCGCCAGGUACUUGGGGGCAGGGCUUGGGAUGCAGGCUGCCGGCUGUGUGGUGUUUCAGUCUGAGGAUUUAUACAUAUGUCGAUAAAAAGGAGUUAGGGGCGGUUAUGUGUUGAGACAACAUCCACAAGCUGGGUGUCUCAGUCUGCGUCAUGACCAUUGGCUUGACGCCCUUAGGGAGCGUGUUUUAUGCAGUUCCACCUGGGAAUUCCUUCCUUUCCAUGUUGGCACUGGGUGAUCUUCAGUCCCCAGAAUGGGAAUCCCCUGGGUGGAAACUCAGUCUCAGGUCGCUAUCGCUGUGUGCCCAUGGUUCAAAGUGCCUAGAGUUGUAGACAGCACUAGAAUGAAUAAGUAUGGGUACACUUCUCAGGAGGGUUCCUUUCCUCCACACAGAAAGUCCCCACCCUGCCCUGCCACAUCGUAGUGGGAGAAGUCCCUCUUUAUGCUGAUGAGAUCUGCCCUCUUGCAUCUCAGCUCGGAGUGUAACUGUGUCCUAGACUGGAGCUAGCAUGUGCAGGUGACCUGUCUCACCUCCCUCCUUGGGUCCCCAGCUGCUCCUUGGGGACAUGCCUCACUCUUGAAGUGUGGCUAGAGUAGCUAGACAUGCAGAGACUAAGCUGGCUGGGUUCAGAACCCAACCUGUGUACUUGGACAAAAUUAGCUGAUCUCUUUGUCUGCUGAGGAGCUCAUUUAUCCUGAUGCUGAGGCAGGAAAUCCACUGCCCAAGAUGACCCAGUGAGCCAUGAAAGCCAGGCUGACACUGGGCAGGAUCUGAGUUCCAGAGGUCAGAAUGAGCUGAGCAGCAGAGAUCAGAAUGGAGAGAGAAGCAAAGGACUGAGCCGAGUUCCCCUGGAGUAAGGCGCCACAUAAAGGAGAGAACUCCCUGCCCCCAGAAUUGUGCAAACAGAGGCUGUGUGUUCAGCAGGGCUGAAUCCUAACCAUCACCUGAACAGCCCGUUAGAAGUCUGUGGCGUGCUCUACAAAUAGACCUCCUUGGACCCUCCUAGCAAACCUCUGAAGGGCAGCUUCCCUCUGUGUACCUGUUUCCACACAACAAACUUAAAAGUGUGUAUGUGACUAAAGAUACUUCUCAGGGCUGUGAGGGUCAAGUUAAAUUAUGUAAACAGCAACCAAUACACUGUGGUGGAGUCCCUUUCAUAGGAGUAAACACAAGGCAAGGUAACAUUUACUGAGCAUGUACUACUACCUACCUAGCACUUUUCAUUUAUGCCAUUUACAACUUUGGGGAAAGGCAUUAUGUUCCUGUUUCAGAAGACACCGGGGUGGGGAGAGUGACUUUCCUAGAGGGGUCACAUAAUGCCAGGUGAAGGACCAGAACCCCACUGGGUCCUUAGAGCUUGGUUCUUCCCACUUCCCUGAAGCAGGAGAGAGCCUACCUCUACUCCCUUGCCUUCACUUAGAUAAUUCUACCCAUCUUUCUCCAUUUGAAGCUCCCCUCUUAGGAACCUCUUCUCUGAUACCCCCAACUUGGUUUAUUGCCCCUUUUAUGAAUUCCCCUAAUUCUCCACAACUCCCCAGGAGACUCCUGCCAGGCUGUGAGCCCUGGGAAGGUCUCAGGGACUGUGGUUGUUUUGCUCACUGUCUGGAACAGAAAUACUGUAAGUCACAAUAAAUAUGUAAUAUGUCAUUUGACAUUGAAUAGGUAUCGCGCACCUACUAUAGCUCAAUUUGUGUGUGUGGCGCGGGCGAGAUGAAUGGAAUAGAAUCAGGGUUUGGUCAGUAGGAAGAACUAAAGGAGAUUUGCAGAAGACAGGAUGGACAGGAAGUAGUUAUUACAUGCAUGCCCUCAUGCACACAUAUGCAUGACACUCUGGGGUGGUCCGAAAACAUGUCACAGGACUCUCCCUAUACUGGUAUUUUGUACAGGCUCCAGUAGUCUCCCUGCCUUCCCGCUCAAGGC